AGAAAUUCCCCCUCUUCUGUCUCGUGGGGCUGCCCUUCCAGCUCAGAAACCAUGGCUGGGGGCCCUUGCUGAACUUGUCCCCCUCUACACCUCUCCAUAUCCUUAAAGAGACAUUUCUUGCCCCCUCUCCCCAUGUGAGCACCCCCAUCACUGGAUUUAAUCCCCUCUUCCCUCUGCCCAGGAGAGUCCCUCAUCCAAUUAUCUGGCCCCCUUUUGAAGUUUUCCACCCCUUGUCUGUUGUCUAAUCCCCCCCAUCACAGAUGGAAAAGACUGUAGUUGCUACUCAUGCAGGAAUGGCUUCUUUGCACACUGACUGUGUCCAGUGCAGAUAGGGAAAUAAGAUUUUUCUCCCAGCUCCAAGAAACAUAGAACUGUGGAAGAUUUCAACAAGUUUUGUACCUUUGUCUUGGCAUAUGCUGGCUACAUCCCCUAUCCACAAGAGGCUCCUGGAAUAUGAUGUGAGCUCUUCUUUAUUCAAAAGUGAGGCAGUCCAAACCUCUGUCUUGCUUGAGGGGACAGACAGAAGUAUAAAGGAGACCCCCUUGAGGAGCAGCCCCAGCCCCCCCAAUAGUACUGGAGGUACCAUCGACAGUGAUAGCUGGGACCCCCGAUUCUGUGACCUCCAUUCUGCUGUCUCCCUGCCAGUCAAGAGCAGAAAGAGCUUUAGUCAGCUCAAGCGAGCAAAACCAUACGUUUCCCUAUUCCAACGGGCAAAACCUAGCAACUUCCUGCCAGAGCGAAAGCAAACUGAUAAGAUCAGAAAGAAGAAAAAGCUGAAGAGAAGAGAAACCGAAGUGCCUGUGGAAGAAGAAUAUGGGGGGGAACUGCUGAAGCUGGAGACGGAGGAUUCUUAUGUUGAGACCCCCGUGAGUCCCUCAUCUGAGGGCGAUCCUCAGUCUGUGACCGACCAUUGCUCAGCAUGGGACUCUGACACUCCCUCCAGUGUCUCAUACCCUCCUGAGACUUCUGAGCAGGGCAUGGAAAUGCAGAGCGUGGGCAAACGCACGGUCAUACGGCAGGGCAAGCAGGUUGUGUUUCGGGAUGAGGAUGGCACUGGUGAUGAUGAGGACAUUAUGGUGGAUUCAGAUGAUGAUUCCUGGGAUCUUGUCACCUGUUUCUGCAUGAAACCUUUUGCUGGACGGCCAAUGAUUGAAUGCAAUGAGUGUCACACCUGGAUCCACCUCUCCUGUGCCAAAAUCCGCAAAUCAAAUGUGCCAGAGGUGUAUGUAUGCCAGAAGUGCCGGGACUCCAAGUUUGAUAUUCGCCGCUCAAACCGCUCCCGGACAGGUUCGCGCAGGCGCUUUCUGGACUAGCGGAGGAACUACAGAGAUGGCUUACUGCUCGGGCAGAUGAGCCAUGCAAAACUCAGAACUCCAGCCAGGGGGGCAAAGAGAGCUCCUCUGAACUGCAGUUGGCUCAGGCAAAAGUGACAGUGUGAACAGACAUGAGGUGUUCAAUGUCUGAGUGCCAGGGCUGGGAGAGGCCUGCUGGCCAAAACUUCUGCUAGAGGCUGAUUAUCUAUAGCAGGGACGUACUAAAUACCCCCGGUUCAGUGGGGUUUUGUCAAGUUCAGACUGUGAAUGGGAUGAUCAUUUGAGAAUACUGCCUUUGCCGCCUAUCAAUGUUCAUCCUACUGGGAAAGUGCUAAGCAAGUGCAAGGCUUCUAGGUGCUGAAGAAAAUAAUCAUCCUCCGAAGCAGGAGUAGGAGGACGGAAAUCUCUGGAAAGUCUGAAAGUAAACAGCCAUACAUUCUAGUUUCACUGUAAUACUAGACUUGCCCAUUGGUCCAAAAGAAUUUCUGAAGGCUCCUUCAGAAUGAGCUUGAAUGCACACUGAACUCAUGUGACCUGCCUCCUCUUCAGCUGGGUAGCGGGAGAGUAUCCACUCACUUCUAUGAUUUGGCUUUGUUUCUGGUAAAAACAGUAAUUUCCCACAGCUCUCUGGAUUGUUGGCUUUAAAGGGGAGACGCAGGGUUUUCUUUGUUUCCUGGGGAGGGAAGGAGGGCUGUGCUGGAAGUAGACAUGUCAAUUUUCUUCCUUAAUUGAGCUGAGUCCUCUUAAAAUCAUUGUCAUGAUUGUGUUUUGCAAGAGCAGCUCAAACAUAAGGUUGUUCUGUGCUUCCAUCCACUCUGUUCCACGGCCCCGUGUGGUGGCUCAUCUCAGACAGAAAAGCAUUGUUCUGAGACACCAAUUCCCUUCCCUCCUCCAGCCUGGAAGUCGAGCUUGGCUACACAGUGGGCCUUGAAAAAUUAAAACCUGGGAAUUCAGAAUGGCCUGGUUUGGAUUUGGGCGGUUCCCAUGUGAGCACUAGGGCUGGAAUUACCUGCAUUUUUAAUACUGUUUCCUGAGCUGGAUUUGUAAAUGGGAAGACUAGAAAAUCUUUCAACAGGUUUGUAUGCCCCUCUACAGAUAGGAGCAAAUGCAUGCAGUAUGGCAUCCAGCCCAACCCUGUAGAGGUGGCCUGUGCACCUGGCAAGGUGGGCUGCAGUUGAGAGAACACUCCAGAGCUGCAGAGGAUAAGGGAAUGCAUCAGCACCAGAAAACGUUCCUAUCUCGUGACUACCCUUUUAGGUAGCAGUGAGGGGACAGUGGACGCAGGGCUAGAGAAUGUUUCAGGGAAACGAGACUAGUAUAUGAGGCCACUGAGGUGUAGGCGCUUUCCUUCUAAUGACCAAACUGAAAAUAUAUUGUAUUUAUUGCACAAACUGGAUAUUUGUUCUUGAGAGAAUUCUCCUAAGUUGUAUGAUGCUUAAUGAACAAUGGAUGUUCUGUCCUGUCAGCCUAUUAGAUGAUCUGGAGUCACUAGUUGGCAUUUUUUUAUAUCUGAAAGAAGACAGAACUGCCAGGAAUCAAUGCAGCAGAUGAUCUGUAUCAGACUGUCGCCUUAUUGAAUACUGAUUUAUCAGGAAAUACAUCCUGGCAGUGUCAGGGACCCUCCUUGGGACACUUAACACGAGGCUACACAGAUCACUAGAACAGCCUGUAUAUCACUGCCCUGCAAUGCCCAGGGGCUUGAUGAGAUGGGACCAUUACUAUAGAACGGCACUGUUUUAUUUCACUGUCCAUUCUAAAACUUGGUGCAGUUUGAAAAGCCCAUCAAGUGAAUUUGAUUUCUAGAUGCAGCAAUUGAAAUCUAAUUUUAUAAACAGCUCCACUUAAAUCUAAGAGAGUGAUGACACACUACAUACCAGAAACGAAAUGGACCCAGCAGUUUGCCCAAGAUUUGCCUGGUAGGGCUGUCUUCUGCCACCAGAUAAAUAACCAAAGUUCCCAAGUGUUGCAGAUUUCACGCUGCAAGGUAGGCGGCUUUGGAAGAAAUCUGCUCAGUCGUGUAAGGGUUUAGCCUGAUGUCGAGGUGUCUGCAGUACACCUGGAUC